UGACUCCUCACUUCCCUCCCCUUUACAAAGUCUUGACAUUUCAAACCUCCAUGCCAUGCCACUGACACAACUACCAUGACCUUCAAAACAGGGAAAAAGUGAAAAACAAAGCUGGAAAUCUGACGGAGACAGUAUUCCUUUGCCUCAUUUGAGAAGUUUCCUCCUAUACUGAAAGGGAAGAGGACAGAGAUUGUUUGGACGGGAGGAUAAGAGAGAAAAAAUGCACAGGCAGACUGGGGUGGAGGAAAAAAAAACGGAAAACAGGAAACCAACUAAUUCUUAUGCUGUUUCUGCAAAUCUUCAUGAGAUAAAUCACUUUCUGGACUACCAUUGCUAAUCUACAUUUCCAGCUAUCUCACCAAUGCAAUGGAACAUUCUGUCACCGUUUUUCGUGACAGCUUUGAAUAUCUAAAGGACCAAAAGUCGUAACCAAAAAGUGACGUCAACUUUAUGCUUUGGUCAGGAAAUUCUCACCCUACCCAACGUUUUGGUCAAGAUGUGAGUGGAUAAGUCCACUUUGGGGCCAUGGACAUUUUGGUUUGAAUGUGUUUGACAUUCUGCCUACAUUUGAUCCCUUUCGCAGGAUCUCUCUCACAUCAAUGGUUGUGUAUUUUGGGAUUUGUUUGCUCUGAACUGGACGACUAACUGGAUCCAGAUGAAGAAUAAAGGAGCCAAGCAGCGGUCCAAAAAGAAAGGAAGUGACAACGCAUUUGGCUGCAACCUCAUAGAACAUCUACAGAGCUCAGGACAGGAUGUUCCACAGGUUCUGAAGACGUGUGCAGAGUUUAUUGAGAAGCAUGGGGUUGUGGAUGGGAUAUACAGACUUUCAGGUGUCACCUCAAACAUCCAAAGACUCAGGCAGGAAUUCUGCUCAGAGUCAUGCCCUGACCUUACGAAGGAAGUUUACCUUCAGGAUAUUCACUGUGUGGGCUCUUUAUGCAAGCUGUACUUCAGGGAGCUGCCCAACCCCCUGCUCACGCAUGAGCUGUACAAACAAUUCACUGAUGCCGCUUUAGUCCAAGGGGAUCAUGAGAAGCUGCAACAUAUUCAGGGUGUCAUCAAAGAACUCCCUGUCCCUCACUUUAGGACUCUGGAAUAUCUUACCAAGCACCUUGCCCACCUGGCCACCCUAAGCCCUCAGACUAACAUGCACACACGUAAUCUGGCGUUGGUUUGGGCUCCAAAUUUACUCAGAUCCAAAGAGGUUUUGUCCCGCAACGGGGACAUAGCUUUCCAGGAGGUGCGGGUCCAGCAGUCAGUGGUUGAAUUCAUCCUCAAUCACACAGAGCAGAUCUUUAAUAAUGGUGCUGUCCCAACGAAACCAAAAGAAGGCCCAAGUGUGGUGUGUGGGGAGAAGUAUGCCACGCUGCCUAUCAGUGGACAGGGAGGACCCAUGAAACUGAUGAGCCUGGAAGAGGCCCAAGCUCGCUCUCUGAGCCCCAACCACCCAGCCCGCAGAGAACGGCAGCGAGAGAACAGCCUCCCCGACACAAGCACUGCCACCCUCUACCACACGGUCUUAGACAUGUCCGACAGCAAACGGAAGUUAUCGGGAAAAUCUAAAAAGUGGAAAUCCAUCUUCAACCUGGGCAAGUCUGUGACUGAAAGCAAGGGCAAACUGAACCGCAAUGGCAGUGUGUUGAUGAGAGAACAGAACAUAUCAGAAAAAACAACUAUUCGACCAGCUAGAAGUAUGGACUCCUUGUGCUCUCUCCCAACAGAGGACGAAAAAUCAAGUAUGAGCAUGGCCGGGGGAGGCAACGGAUUCGGCAUGAAAUCCAGAACCCUGGGGUCUGACACGCUCUACGACCUCAACGAGCAGGACCAGAAGUGGGAGUGCGAUCGGACGGAAUCAUGCAAGGCGACGGGCGGCGGCAGCCCCAGCAUGAAGAGAAGAGGCUCCCCGGGGGCCUUGGCGGCGCCGCCCAAAGCCCUACCAGAGCAACUCAAAGUCUUCAAAGGCGACGACCUCAGCAGCUGCCAGCCCACCUCGCCAAAGAACAGGAGGAUGCUCUACUCUGGCUCCUCCCACUCCAGCUCCUCCCGGCCCUCCUUCCCGGGAAGCCUGUUCCCUCUCGAGUCUUCCCCUCGGCACCAGCGCAAGGCUCUCAACAUCUCCGAGCCUUUCGCGGUGUCGGUGCCUCUGCGGGUGUCGGCGGUCAUCAGCUCCAACAGCACCCCCUGCAGGGCAACGGGAAAAGACAGACCCCCAGCCGGAGCUGCUCUGAAGCCCAGCAGGGAGUACAGCCAGUCUGAGUUGAGCGACGGCAACGGAGGCUCUGCGUGCAGAGAGAGUAUCUUGGGUGAAAGCAGGGUAGGGAACCCACACAGCAUGUACAGGAGCAACAGUUGUGGCUCACCUCUGGAAAUGGAGGACAGGCUAGCGGGGAAGAAGAGCAACGAGGAUCCAAUGUCAACAAGUGUGUCUGAGGACUCAGUCUGCAAAGGAGAGAAAACAACCUUGACCAAACAACCUUCCACCCUGGAAGGCUUUCAGUCAUUGACCAACCAGACCCUCAUCUCCACCAUUGGAGAAAAACAAAUACAACAAUCACCUGGAAAACAACUGGACAACCGACUUGCACCAAACCUUGAGCCAAAAAUUCAGACUCAACUGGACAGCAGAUAUUCUCUUGGGAGAAAAGAACAGUGGUCUGACCUUCAUCUUGAGCUUAAAAUCACUGAGCCUGAGUUUGAUAUACUGGAAGAGGAACCAGUAUUGUGCUCCACCAAAACCAUAUGUCAAGAUGUUAAACCAAAGCUGGGUUUACAAUCCAAAAGGAGGAGCAGCCUUCCAAAUCACUCUUUGUUGUAUAAGGGACAGCCUUUUAUGUGUGCAAAGCCUCAACGGAUGGAUCAUUUUGCUGCUAUGACAGGAGAACACUCAGGAAACAAGUACCCCUCAGAUAAGCUGACUUCAUUUGACAAAGACUUUGAUUUCAUUGUCAGUGAGGAUACAAAAGAUCCUCUGCCUCACUCUCCACACUUCAUCUAUAAACCAGAAAACAAACUGUCACAUAUGUCUCAAAGGGUGGACACAGAGAGCUCUUUCAAAAUGACUUCAUGGCUCCAGCUUCCUCCUCACACAGAGACAAACGUACUUCUUGCUCUUCAAAGCCCGGUCACAAUCCCCCCGCCGUCAGGAAACAUCUUAGACAAUUCCAUACCUGUGGCAAAAAAAGGUCAAUGGACAUCGGGGAAACAUACAGCUGAUGACGAGAUCAAAGAGGUUGUACGCAAAGUCGAGAAAUUGGUCACGCCUGCUGAGCUUGUAGGAGGUGUUGAGAGGCUGUCUCUUUGUCCGGAGAGACCUCACACUUUGCGGCUAGCAGCUCAGGAGGAAGAGGAUGGAUGUGGGGGACGAGUAGAGGAGCUGGAGUUGGUGGAGCCCUGGGAAGACUUCAGCUCCAACAAACAUUGGGUUACAAGCCCUCUCCACUCCCCUACCCUCAAGGAAUUGUUUGAGAAACUCGAGGUGUCACCAACGUUUCCAGUCGGAGAGCAAACGCAGCCCAAAGAAGGAGACUCGGCACCUCUUUCCUCUUCCGACAAAGACAGAUCAGGCCCUGCUUGGGGCGCUGACUCGUUGGCAGGCCACAUCUCUCAAACAAACGGUGGCAAAACUGAGACCGACUGCUUACAUCAACAGCCCACAUCUUCCAAAACCACCGAUGACACACGGCCACACAAAGGUCUCGGCUGCGCAGGCAGGACAAAGAACACCACCUUAUCCUCUCAGAGGUUUCACAGACAGACGUCUCACUCAGAGGCAUCUCGCAUAGAGAGGACGGAGGAAAACGGCUUUUCCAAACAUAGACCAUAUUCCCUCAAUCUCGACCUGGGACAUCGGUGCAUCAGAGACAUUUCCAAUCAACAGAACCGUAAUUCCUUUGAGUUUUCCUCGACGCAGCUAGGGGCAGGGAGCCCCUCCGGGCCUAAGCCCACCGGCAUGUCGUUGGAGCUGGAGUUGUUUCUGAACAACCGCCAGGCCCCUCUCCGACGUAACUCGGCCCCCGUUAGCGUGUCGUCCGUCAGGACGGCGUUUAUGAUCAAGACGUGCCAGGCCAAAGCUGUGCCUGUCAUCCCUCCCAAGGUGCAGUACAGCCACGUACCUCACUCCAGGCAUGACAAGAGCUCUAACGGAGCCAAGGGGCAGGGGAAGGAGGUCACGAAAACUCUGGUGGAGAAGGUCGAAACUGUGCCUCUGUUCCAGCCCAUUCGAAACGUCAAGGAGGAGCUGGAAAAUGAGGAGCCUGCACCCAAGUCCCAAAGGCAGCCCAUGAUAACAGACAAAGCGUCAGAGACUUGUAAAACCGCGACAACUUCAGAUGUGACAGUUCUGAGGAGGAAGCGGCCCACUCAUUUUGAGCCUUUUGUUGAUCUGCCCAAACCUGACAGACCCAACCUCCUGCAGAGGUCAUCCUUCAGGAGUCGUCAGAGACCCCAAAGUCUGAUCCUGUUCAGUCCACCUUUCCCCAUUAUGGACUACCCAACCUUGGGGGAUGAAGGCAAGGUCCUCCUCUCACCUAUCAAGAGCCCAACUGAAACAUUAACCCUCGAAGUCUUUUCUAAAGAGUUGACAGAUAAUAUUAAGACCCCUGAGGGGGUGACCUUGAGGAGCAAAAUGACUAUGCCCAAAAGUGGCCAGAGGCUGGAGACGUCAACCAGUUGCUUCUACCAGCCUCAGAGAAGGUCCAUGAUAUUUGACAACAGAAGCCACAGACAGAUUGAGUGAAUCCCCUCAUCCAGUACUAAAAUGAUAACGUUUCUAAUUAGUACUUUGGUAUCAAAUCUUUCAAUCUUGCAAGAUUUGAAAUAUGCUGCAAUUUUACAUAAGUCUCUUGCCCAACUAUUUGGGGAAAUUGUUAAAAUGUUGACAAUUGUUAUGAUCCUCCAUGUUAUACAGUAAGGAACUUAUCCCCAAAAUUAUAAGAUAAUGCUUAUCAACUGCCUCAUAAAGUCAAGGUGGAAUGUGAAGUGUUUGCAAUUUUUCUACUUAGAUUAUGAAGUGUAAAUAUCAGUAGUGCCAUUUAGCUCAGAGAAAAGAGUACAAUUAAUUGAUAUCUUCUUAACACACUUGAAUUUAUUAAAUAUCUAAAGCCAUGAAGUAUUUCAGAAAUCCAUAAAGUGUUCUAACAAAGCCAAGUUUGCAUGUUGUUUUGCAUGUACACUAAAUGCAUGUUGACCCAGGUCAUGCAGACAACCACUUUUAAAUUGAUUUGCUUAACGUAAAUGUGUCCUCAGUACUUGCUAAUUGGUUACUAUUUAUACAUUUAAGAUCCUAUUUUUCACAUUGUGAUUUUUUUACUUUACACAUUGUGGUGAUACUGACAUUAGUUAUUGGAACUAUAUUCCUAAAGAAUUGUCAGCUUGGUGUGGUGUCAACAAAUUAAGAAGGGUAAUAUCUCAGUUUUUAUUAUAGUAUGGAUACUAAUAGUAUUUAUCUAGCGUAUAUUUAUCUACUGCAUAGAUAGUAGUUAACCAUUGACCCUCUUCUCACUGCAGUCUCUUUAGUGUAAACUUCCCUGAAAGUAAUUAUAAGCCACAUUGCCAGACUUUAUAUUAUGUUCUGUUGUUUCCAACCAUGGUUUUGUUUUGUGAAUUUUUGUGACUUUUGAUAGUACUGUUUGGGUAGAUCACAGAAUUAUCAUAAGAGUCAGUUGGUGUUGCUUUGUUGUAAACACCAUGAUGUGUAUGUAUAGAGACACUGUGGAAUUAUAAUGAAGUCAAAACAUGAGAAAUGUGUAAAGUCCAUGUUGACAUUGGAUAUGACUCAAGACAAGUGCAGUAUUAGCACAGUGAUACAAUGGAUGGCUCACAGAUACAUCAAGUAAUGUAACAUGUAUGAUUUUGUAUGAAGACAACUGGACACAAUACAGAAUAUAUGUCAAUUCACUGUAAAUCUAAAUAUUAAAAUUGCGUCUGAGAG